AUGUUUAUUUCGAAGACGACUCUUUUCGCCUUCGCUGCCCUCGCAGCGGCCCACGGUGACCACCGCCAGGAGCCUUUUGCCGGACCUCAUAAGGGGCUGUGGUAUAAUACCAUUCCUGGAGAUGGUGGGACGCAGGCUGACUCUGUCUUCUCCGGUAUCUCGACCUUCGGCCGCUUGCCAUACUUCCCUUGUCUCGCGAGUGAGGAAGAGAAAUAUGACAUUGCAUUCAUUGGCGCUCCAUUUGACACGGGCACUUCGUAUAGACCCGGUGCGAGAUUCGGCCCUAGCGGCAUUAGACAAGGUUCUCGGCGUUUGAACCUCUAUGGUGGUUACAACGUCCCCCUCGAGGCGAACCCAUUCGUCAGUGACCUCCGGAUCCUGGACUGUGGUGACAUCCCCGUUACCUCCUAUGAUAACGGCUGGGCUAUUCAACAAAUUGAACAUGGCCACAACAACCUCCUCAUGCGGAAGCCCUUCACCAACGCUGAUGAGUACGGUCUCUCGAGAGCGGGAAAGACUCUCCCCCGCAUCAUCACUAUGGGUGGCGACCAUACAAUCACUCUACCCUUGCUGCGGAGUAUUAACAAGGCUUACGGGCCAGUUACGGUGAUUCAUUUCGAUAGUCAUCUUGACUCGUGGAAGCCGAAGGUUUUCGGCGGCUCACCUAGUGAGGUUGCCUCGAUUAACCACGGCACUUACUUUUACCAUGCGGCCAUGGAAGGUUUGUUGAGAAACGAUACUAACAUCCAUGCCGGUAUUCGGACAACAUUGUCGGGACCGUCGGACUACGAGAAUGACGGAUACUGUGGAUUUGAGAUUGUCGAGGCAAGGGAAAUUGAUACCAUUGCAGGAAUCGAGGGAAUCAUAAAGAAGAUUAGGGACCGAGUCGGUACCGAGAACCCCGUGUAUCUCUCGAUUGAUAUCGAUACUUUGGAUCCUGCUUUCGCUCCUGGUACUGGAACUCCGGAAACAGGUGGAUGGACCACUCGCGAGCUGCGUACUAUUGUUCGCGGCCUGGACGGAGUCAACCUCAUCGGUGCGGACAUCGUCGAGGUCUCUCCGGCGUAUGAUACGAAUGCUGAGCUGUCGACCAUGGCUGCUGCGGACGUUCUUUAUGAAAUUAUGACCAUGAUGGUUAAGAAGGGACCGUUGUCGUUUCCCGCUAGGAAUGAACGGUGA